UGUCUUUCUACGUGGAAAUUAAACAACAACCCCCUUCUUUAAACUGCUUUCUGUAUAUUUGAUAUCGUCUCCGAAGGAUGGACCCUAAAACACCUCCAGACAACAUACAAACUUAACAGUACAGACAGACAGUGACAAUGCUGCUCCUGUUGACCGCAAAGGGAACAUAAGGCUGUUUGCCAUGGUUGCUGCUGCCAUUGGCAAAAAUGCUAGUUAAACUUGUUUUAUUAGAUGGCAAGGUAGUGUAUAAUUGGCUGAGAAUAUUAAGAAAUUACUUCUGGUGUUGAGUUUUGGACAACCCACUUUUGAAGUUAGAAUAGGGAAUCAAAAUAACCUGCUGAUGGAGUACAGUGAGAAAGUGCUGUGUGGGACAGGGGAGGUGGAUCUGGACCCCAACAUUGUGAGUGAGGAAGCAGGAAAACUGUAUUCAGAACUACAAACUGUUAUUGAGACACAUGGCGAAAGUGUGGUGGAAUCCCUGGUACCCAUAUUUGUGUGGGUCCUGGAGGGGCUGGCCAACCAUAAGGCUCAGCUGAGAGACAGGGAGGAGGAGGCGGAGAGAGAAAAAGCUGAGCGAGAGGAGCUGUUGGAGAGAUAUCAAGCCGAAAAAGCUCAAAGGAAAGAAAGUCAAGAGAAGUAUCUGGAGUUGGAUGAUCAAAUUGAACAGGAGAGGAGAGCCAUGAGGGGCAGGGAAAAGGAGCGAGAACGACGAGAGAGAGACCUAGAGAAAAAAGCAAGACAACAAGCUGAUCAGUUGGUGGCCUUGGAGGAGCAGAAAGCAAAUCUGAGUAGAGAGCUGAGUACACUGAGAAAUACUCACAACAAGUUGGCUCACACAUAUCGGGAACUUCUGGAAAAGAGGAAGGAGUCUGAAAGGGAGUCUCCUUCAAGGAAUCAUGUACGGUCCAAGAAUAGUGACCUUCCUUCUCAUCUCUUGUCAUCAGAAUCCAACGUGCAUGAAAAGAUGACCAAAAGGCCUCACUCAAACUCAUGUCCUCUGUAUUUGGAAAACGUUGAUGCCAAGGAAGAAAAGGCGAUUGAUAUUUGUACAAAGCCUGCUCUGGAUCCAUUUAUCAACGAGAUCAUAAGCUCCACUCCUGAGCUGACACAGUUUUACGACUCUGUGAAAGCAAGCACCCCGGUUUGGCAGAUCAAUGAAGAGCCGCUGAAAGAUGGGGACAGAAUGGAUGAGGUCAAAGUGGAGGAGGAGAAGGGAAAAGAGUUUCAGAAAAAAGACCAGGAGGAAUAUGAAGAGGACGAGGAGGAUGAAGUUGAUAGUAUGGAGUGGGAACUGCGUAACACUGACUCUGUAUUCUCUGAACUGUCUGAACUAAGUCGAGAUUAUGUGGACACUGUUGACCGCGGGGCCGGUAUAAAAGGUAGUGCAGACCAGUUUGAGGAACUGAAAGGCAUCCAUGAUUUGGCUGAAGCUGCCCGUAAGGCCUUAAUAUCUCGGGUAGGUGAGUUGACUGAUGACCGUUCAGCUCUUAUCCUGGAAGUGACCACUCUUCAGGAGACAGUCUCACGAUUAGAGGGGCGGAUGAAGGAGAAGGAGGAGGAACUUAAGAGACUACGGAAAGAGCUGGAAGAAUUCCAGUCUGAUCCUAAUGCUGGUCCUCCUGCUUUGAUGCACUUUUCUCGUUCUGAAAUGGCUCGAGUUGUCAUGGAGAAGAACCAGUACAAGCAGCGUCUGUUUGAACUGCAGGAGGCUGUAAUACGAAGUCAGGCACUCAAAGCAACGCAGGUGGAAAAGUUUACACAGGAAAGAAGGUCAAGUGUUUGGACAAAAUUCAACCGCUUCCUCGGCCUGACCAAGGACCCGCUGCUGCCACCUCCUACUUCUGCAUCCUUCCGAUCAGCCUCCCCAUCACUCCACCGUUCUUCUGUGGGCUCUCCACAGCCACAGCUACCGUCUGUCGGUCGAACGCAGGCUGAACCUGCUUCUCCUGCUGUUGUUUCACCACGUGUCAGGAGGAGGGAACUCUACAGAGCCAUUCGCUCCCAGAUUUGGGCAUCUCUGGGAAAGCAGCAGAUACGUGGCUGGAGCGUGCCACUGGCAAACACUCAGGAGUCCAAAGAACCUGUACCAGAGCCAAAAGAUGUACCUGUUCUAGUUCAACUCAGACUGUUGGAUCAAAGAGACUCCACUGCCAAGCUAAACUGUGCUGUUGCAGUGACACCCGAAGUCUCCGGAGAGGUCACGUGCUCUGUGUGGGUACUUUCUGGCCCUGCCUCCUGCAGUGAUAUUACAGUGAUUGAUCCAGCACGGUCCAACACAGUACUGGAUCAGUUCAGCCUCCCUCCCACAGCCCCUGCCCUCUGCAUCUGUGCUGUGCCUCCCAUAGGUAACUCUGUGGGAACCGUGUGGAUUGGGACUCAAGAAGGAAGUAUUCUACUACAUCCUGCCACUGCUCCCAGGCGAUCCUGUCUGCAGUCAGUCUGUGUCUCAGAAAGUGUCCAUUCACUCACGUAUUCCAACGGUCGGGUUAUUGCUGGUUUAGCUGAUGGGACUUUGGUGUUUUUCUCACACACUUCAGAUGGCUGGAAUCUGCAGUCCCAUUCUGUGAUGCCUCUCGAAACAAACCCUUUACAGCCAAUUCGCUGUUGCCUUGCAAAAGGUGGCCGUUUAUGGGUGGGAUACUGGAACAAAGUUCAUGUGGUUGACAUUGAUGGCAAGAAGGUUGAGCAAAUAGUCACAGUUUCAGAGCGCAGUGAGCAGCAGGUUCGCUUCCUGUGUGCUGCGGGAAGUGGUGUGUGGACAUCCUGCCGCCUUGACCCGGUCCUCAGGUUAUUCGACUGGUCCACUGGACGGCCGCUACAAGAAUUCGAUGUUACUGCUUUGGUUACAAAAACUUUAGGCCAGCCCUUCCUGACGCUCUCACCUCUCCAGAUCACCUCUCUCACCAUCAUCUCUGGUCGUCUGUGGUUGGGCACAGGGGGUGGUGCCGUCUUCUCCAUUCCCUUGUCUAUAACUUCAGAGGCUGUUUCCAUCCCGUAUUGCUCUACUGCAUCAGCCCAGUUGUGCUUCCACGGACACAGACAAGCGGUGAGAUUCAUCAUUGGUGCACCUGAUUGUUUGAUCACCACUCCCGGCAGCAGCAAUGUCACUACCGCUCAGCUCAUCCUCAGUGGAGGCGAGGGCUACAUCAAUUUCCGAAUUGGAGAUGAUGGAACUGAUGAAUCCAUGGACGUGUCCCAGGCCACACCACAGCGGUCUGAACGCAGUCACAUGAUCAUCUGGCAGAAUCCCACACCUUCUGUGCCCAGCCCGGCUCUCUGACAUUAAUCAUCUCUUGAUUCUGUGCCUGUCCAAUAAGGCAGACAUAUACAUAUGUAUCAAAGUGGAAAAGGGUGCUAUCAUGGAAAUGAGUGAACCAGCAUCUCAAUGUGGCAACAAUAAAAGGAUUAUGUAAAGAUAUCUGAUUUUUACUGUUUCAUACUGGUUUACCUCGUUUUUUUUUUUUAAUCUGUCUCUUGACUUGAUUAUAAUACUGGAAAGUUAUGAUUUCUUGUGAGUCAUCUUUUUAGAAUUUUAUAUCAAUACUGUAUAUCUGGCCAGUAAUUUAGCUGCCCAUGAACCCUUGCACUAAAGAGUUUGAUUUUACUGAUCUACAGCUCUCCAGCAGAUUUUUAUAUUGCUUGUUCAACAACACUCAGAGAACAGACAUAAAUAUUAUAUUUGAAUUGAAUGUGACUCCUCUUGAGGCUGGUGUGUACAUUUUCAGUUAACUGGGAACUGGAACAGGUUUAGUUAUUCUUUCGGGAUACAGACAGUCAAUUUAUCUCUGAGGUUGCAUUGAAACUGGUCAUACGUUCUUUUGUAAUGUGUGCUUUGAAAGUUCUGCCAAGAGUAUUGACUAGAAAUGCUUGUACUCCUCAUUGCAUGUGGAGCAACUACAGAUACCUGCACAUUAUACUGUAGGUAUUACUGUAUACGAUUGUGUUCAAAAUCCCCUCUCUUAAUUGAACAUGUAUUUGUAAAAUGUCUUUAUUUUUCCAUGUGUCUGCUUAAUGUUUCCGUCUUGAGAGAUUUAAUGUGUUUUGUGUUAAAAUUUGAUAUGUCUAUAAAACAAAGGAGAGACAAUUCUUCCAAGUUUCCUGUUCAGUAUUUGGGUGCACAUUUUGAUGUAACAGUAUCUACUUCUUCUUGGAAGGAUUGAGUAUGAACUCUUAAUAAACCUUGUUCAAAUAUGA